AGCUUCAUCCUUUGCCCGGAACGCGCCCCGCAGACGGAGAGGGGCCCCCUGCAGCAGACCCCGCCAAAAGCAAACACCAACCCCCGCACGAAAGGAUCACGCUUCGGCUUCAGCUUGGAGGAUGUCGAUCACGACGGAUGAAACCGAAGAGAGUGACAGCGGCGCCAGCCUCCAAGAGAUGCGGGGCGACGCUAGGGCUCCUGCUCCUGCCUGGGCAUCAUUGUGAAGCUGCUGGCUUGCAUCUAACGCCUGCGACCUCUCAGACUCUCCACGAUCCCAUCUACUGUGGCGUUAUUUUACUUCUGGAUAGAGGUAAUACAUGCGUGACUGCUGCAAUGAUUGGAAACAGCAGCGAGGCCACAAGCCUUCCCAUGGUGACCCGCGCAAGCAUUCACACGCUCAUCAUCUCUUCCGUUACAGUGUUGUUCAAGACGACACUUCGUACCGUAAUAACCCACUCUCUUAUCAACAACAACUAACAAAUACGUGUACCUCGGAGUGAACCGAACCGAGACCCUGAUCAACCGACCGUUACACCGUAGCGCACACCCCUAGAAACAUCAUGUACCGGUAAUAUUUACCACGUUGUACUCCCGGCUGCACGACAUUAUCUUCCUCUAUCACGACACGAACCUUCCAGUGUUUGAUCACGAUUUUGCUGAUAAG